AUCGGAGCAGGGAGGUCCGGUUCCUCUUAAGCGUUCUUCCGGCUUACAUGUUGGAAAAAAGAAAAGGCGAAUGGAAAAAAAUAUAAUCAAAAAAACGACCAUUGCUUAGUAACUCCACUAUACGGUCAUAAAUAUUUGCAAUGAGUUCCCAGCAAUUUCCACGACACGGGUUGCCUGCUUCCAGUGGGGGAACACCUCAGAUCCCUGCAGGUGGAAAUCUGGUUUCUGUCAGUCAGCCGUCAAACCCACCAGCUGGUGCAGAUGCAGACAGCAGUCGAGAUGCUGAACAUGGACAGCAGGAUCAUCCUCCCGCUGGGACUGGUGCAAACUUGGCAUUCAGAGAUGACAAACAGGAGACCAUGGUGGUUAGACCUUAUCCUCAAGUACAGACUCACGGUCAACCACAAGCUGCUCCCCAGCCUGUGCCUCUCCAGCCUGGCAUACCUGUGACUGUACCUGCCCCCUCUGUUCACCUAGCACAGGCCCAGUCUGCAGUCCUCACUGAGGGACAGAUGAAGGCUGUUCUGAAAUCACCUAUGCCAAGUCGUCUUAUUGCCCCAGCACCAGCCUCCAACCAGGCUCAUAUCCCCAAGGUGCCUGGACACAUUACUGUCACCAUAGAGAGCAGUAUUGCUACAACACCAUCUAUACCAGUGGCAACCAUUAGUGGUCAGCAGGGCCACUCCAGCAACUUACACCACCUGAUGCCAGCUAACAUUCAGAUCAUUAGGGGGAGUGCACCUGCACUGCAAAUAGGAGCCCCUACAGUCCCUCCCCAGACCUUCACAUCCCAUUUACCACGAGGGGCUGCUGCAGCUGCUGUUAUGUCCAGCUCCAAAACUGUCCUGCGGCCAGCUACUGGAGCAAGUGCAGGCCCUGGUCAACCUACAGUACAGCACAUCAUCCACCAAACUAUUCAGUCCCGUCCUGCUGUAACAACUUCUACAGCUGUGCUUCCAACUGUAGUGGCUCCCAUUACAGCAACUAGAACUCAGUCCCCUGUUAUCAGUCCUACUGUUACACACUCUACAGAGGUGGCUCAUGGGCGUCCAGGCCUGACCAUUCACCCCCCACCGGCUGCAGUCAGUAUUCAGAGGCCUCAGACGUCUCGUGACACCGCCACACGGAUCACACUGCCAUCACACCCUGCAAUUGGGGCUCCAAAGCCUCAGCCUCAGCACACUAUGACACAGAAGUCUAUUUUUAGUACUGUGACACCAGUAGCUGCAGCAACUGUGGCACCAAUUGUUGCCACAAACACUGUGCCAUCAACCACCACAAUAGGCACUGUGCCACAUACCCAAAUGACCAGUAGCACUAUUGUCACCAUGACAAUGGCAUCACACUCCUCCCACGCUACAGCAGUGACCACUUCUGCCAUCCCUGUCGCUAAAGUGGUCCCUCAGCCAAUUGCCCAUUCUUCGUCCCGUGUGCAGCCUGACUACCCUGGAGAGAGAGCAAACCUUAUUCCCAUCUCAGGCCAUCGGUCAUCACCAAACCCAGUCACAAUGGAAGCAAGAAGUGACAAUAGGCCUCCUGUUCCGGUGCAAUUCCAGUAUUUCCUGCCGGCUUACUCCUCAUCUUACCCUCUGACACACACCUACACCCCCAUAAGCAGCUCUGUGUCUACAAUCCGUCAAUAUCCUGUUACUCCUCAAGCUCCUAGUUCAGCGCUGCCCACUCAACCAGGAGUUGGUGUUGCCACCACUGUCCAUCUGAACCACAUGCAGCUCAUGGCAGUGGAUCGCAUCGGGCUGCCCCCUGCACAAAUCAGCACCCAAGGGAUACAGCCAGCUCCAAUUGCUGCACAGGGCAUUCAGCCUGCCCCCAUAGGAGUGCAGGGUCUGCACACAUCUGCAUCAAUCACCACUCAAGGAAUACAGCAGACACCAAAUGUCACUCAGCAGCAGCAACAACAACCACAGUCUGAGGCAAAACCUGGGGUUGUUUUGGCCGAUGGGUUUGUAGCUAGCCCUAUCAGCAGUACAUUCAGCACCACCCAGCCAGUAGCCACCAUGGUGCAGGCACACAACCAGGGAGGAGUAGGAGGAGCUCCCACCUUGGUCUCCUCUCCUAGACCCAGCAUCCUCCGCAAGAAACCCACUGCUGAAGGUUGUGUUCGUAAAAACCUGAUCCCCACUCAGCCCAGUGAACCCACUAGUGGCAGAAUUGAGGGCGGUGUGAGAGGAGCAGGAUCUCCCCGACCUGCAGGUGUGAAACCCAAAGCGGAGGUGCACAUGGCGGUGGCCCCUCCUGUCAUGGCUGCAGUCGAAGCACUGCCUUCUCAGGGCGGGGAGCAGCAGGCUGUGUCCACAAAUGCCCAACACCUCAGCCAGGCCAUCCCCACGAUGCUGGCCACCCCCGGGCCCGUACCCCCCUCCCAGCCCUCCACCAUCCUCUCAGCUCUGCCGGCAGCGAUGGCCGUAACUCCCCCUGUUCCAGCUUCAAUGGCGAACACUGUGGCCUCUCCCACUCAGCCUGCAGCCAGUAGCACGGCGGCGUGUGCUGCCAGCUCCACCUGCCCAGAUGUGAAGAUCAAGCAGGAGGUGGAGACAAUGGACACGUCCCAGCCAGAUACCAAUGCGAGUAUGUCAUCAGCCCCAGCGCUCACCACUCAGGCAGCCACCCUGAACACCCCAGCCACAGGAGAUCUGAUCCCAGGGGCCUCCCCGAGGAAGAAGCCCCGGAAGCAGCAGCACAUUAUAUCUACAGAGGAGAGUGAGAUGGUGGAGACCAACAGCACAGAUGAAGAGAAGGCCCCGGGCAGGCCCAUCACUGGCCGGGCCGAGAGGCGUGAGUCUCCACCGAGAGAAUACGUCGAUGAAGAAGGAGUGCGUUAUGUGCCAGUCAGGCCUCGGCCACCAGUUACUCUUUUACGUCACUAUCGUAACCCCUGGAAGGCCGCUUAUCACCACUUCCAGAGGUACAGCGACAUCCGGGUCAAAGAGGAGAAGAAAGGCACCUUACAGGAUAUGGCCAAUCAGAGAGGAGUAGCAUGUAGAGCACAAGGAUGGAAAAUUCACCUGUGUGCUGCUCAGCUCAGACAGUUGUCAAGUUUGGAGCAUGAUGUGUACAGCCGCCUCUCCACCCUCCAAGAAGGCCUGAUUCCAAAGAAGAGAGCAGGGGCCGAUGAUGACCUUCACAGAAUCAACGAGCUCAUACAGGGUAACAUGCAGCGCUGUAAGCUGGUGAUGGAUCAGGUGACCGAGGCCAGAGACACCAUGAUGAAAGUGCUCGACCACAAAGAGAAAGUCCUGAAGCUGCUCAACAAGAACGGCACCGUCAAGAAGUCGUCCAAACUGAAGCGCAAAGAACGGGCGUGAAGUCAACCCCUCUCCCCUCUCGCCGCCACUGUCCCCUCUGAAGGUGGGGGAAGGAGCUGCUCAGAAUCUGGUGCUAUGAUUUGCUGUAUACAAUCACAGGCACCCUCCUUAUCUGCCUGAGAGCGGACAGACCCACGUGACAGCAGGACAUGGAAAGAUCUCAGACAGCAAAAAGCCCAUCAGGAAUAGGUUCUCAUUCAAGACAUGACACGCAUAUUGAGCGUGGAGCAUUGUAGAUGGCAUUAACGUGGCAGCCGAUCUCACCACUGCUCCCCCCUCCUCUCAUUUGUUAACUUUUGAAGAUUCCAAGAGACCAUUUUUACUCAUUUAGUUUCUGCCUUUUCUUUAAAGACUUUUCGAAAAGUCAAAAAAUGUGUAUAUGUGAAAUUUGGUUCCAUAAGCAGGUGCAGAAAACUCUGCCGCCCAUUUUGUCCUCUAAGUGAGACAAGUAUUUUAGUUAUGACCCAAGAGUUAUCAGAAGGGGAAAAAUAAAAAAUAAUAUACAAUUAGUCCUUUAGCGAACUGUGUGUAUUCAGACUAAUUUCAGUCACACAUGUGCUCUUCUCAUCAAUAUGUGCCUUCAUUUUGUUUGUGUACAUGAAAAGCAUCACAAAGAAAAGGGUCAGGUCAAUUUCUCCGCUUCCCCUUUUUUUCUCCUGCACCUGCAUUGUCUAAGUUUGUUCAUUUGGAAUGGGUAAUCGAUUACCUAUCAGCCACGUGUUUAGGUGUAAUCUUAAAUAUUACAGAGACUUUAGAGGAUUGAGAUUAAAAAAAAAAAAGGAAAACCUAUAUGUGGCACAGCCGAUGGAUGACUGAAGAAGAAAAAAAUGCUCGUAAAGAAAAACUAGUGUCC